ACUCAAGGUUAACAAGAUGGAAGAUGACGGCGGCAUUUUUGCGGUAAAAACCGUGGAAGAAAUCCGCACUUAUGAGGACUUCUUAGAUUCUGAGAUAAAACCUUUGGAUUUAUUUACCUUGAGAUCUGUGUUGUUGCUCCUUCAGGAUCAGGAACUGGCCCGCCAGCUGGUGGAGCUGGGCCACAAGGGCAGCAGUUUGGAGAGGGAGGAAUUUGAGACAAGGAGAGCAGCUGCCGAGGCCUCCAGGCUUGCUUCAGGGAGCCAACUGAAGAAGCUGGCAAGUAUAGGAAAGGAACUCAAAGAUAACUUCCUGAGAGCCCUGGCGGAGCGGGAGGAUGCUUACCGCAGUGGGGAAAUGACUUCCAUCAUUUUCAUAAGGGACCAAAAUUCUCACGGACAGGAAAUAUCUGGGUAUAUAGACUACUCCCACCGACUAAAAUUUAAAGACUUUAAACCAUAUUUCAGUGGAAAGAAAAGGCUUAUGCCAAAACCAACUGACUUAAGCUUCUACAACUGGGGUACACAGGUGGCCAAAGAUAACGCCAGCUCAAACUAUGAGGUAAUCACAAAGAAUCCAAGGGGCCUGCUCUUCAAGUGCAAGAAUGACAGGAAUAUCUUGAAUGUUGACCCAGAGACUACACCUGGCGAUAGCUCCAUCCGAACUCCUGUCCAGUGUGACCCAUAUAUGCAUGUUGUCAUUUAUGACCACAUCACCAGAAAACCCACAACCAGUUCCUGUGCACCACUCUCCAAUUAAAUGUAUUAAAAAGCACUUGAAGCCUCUAAUUUCAUCUACAUUAAAACUGUUUUUUUAUACUUCUGACUUCAUAUUGUGCACAACAUCUGGAUAUGUAGAGUGUCAUAUGUGCAUUUUUUUCUUUAGGGCCAAAUGGACAGAUAAAAAAAAAAGAGUGAUAA